AAGUUCUAUCCGCUUUUGUGGAGAUUGUGUUUGAUAAUUCUGACAAUCGCAUUCCGGUUGACAAGGAGGAGGUGCGCUUACGAAGAACUAUUGGUCUGAAAAAGGAUGAGUAUUUCUUGGAUGGAAAGCAUAUUACGAAAACAGAAGUUAUGAAUUUACUGGAAAGUGCUGGUUUCUCUCGUUCCAAUCCUUACUAUGUUGUGCAGCAAGGGAAGAUAGCAUCACUAACAUUGAUGAAAGACUCUGAGCGACUGGAUCUGCUGAAGGAAAUUGGUGGCACCCGAGUUUAUGAGGAGAGACGACGUGAAAGUCUGAAAAUUAUGCAAGAAACUGGUAACAAGAGAAAGCAGAUAAUUCAAGUCGUUCAAUACUUGGAUGAGCGAUUAAAGGAACUGGAUGAAGAGAAAGAGGAACUGAGAAAAUAUCAGCAGCUGGACAAGCAGCGGAAAUCUCUAGAAUACACUAUUUAUGACAAGGAACUCCAUGAUGCUAGGCAGAAAUUGGGGGAGCUUGAAGGUGGUAUUGGCGAUUAUGAGUUGGUGUUUAAUGUGCAAGCAAGUGAAGAAUCGACAAACCUCAUUCUCAUUAUUGUAUGA